AUGGACUUUCAAAGUGCUAUGGAGACGUUCGCUGAGGCGUGGGCUGCGGCCAACACCGUCAAAUCGGAGGUGCCCACAGAUUUAGCGCAGAACUUAUCCUCGGAACUUCGACGCAGUAAGACACCGCCGCGGCGCUCGCCCGAGGAGCGCGCGGUCCCUCGUCCGCCAUCGGCUCCUGUACACCACGACAGGAACCCACAUACUCCUCAUCUUUCGCCUAAAAAAGAGGCCUUCAAUAACUUAUUGAAUAAAGGUAUUGUUGGUGAGUACACCAUUAUGUGUUAUGACGUAUUUUGA